AUGAGGACUCAGCAUUCUCAUCCAGGCAGCACAGUCUGUUCGACGCGGGCAUUAAAGUCGCCAAGGCCAGUCAGCUUGUCCGCCUUCGGCCAGGAGGGCAUGCAGGUCCUCGUAGAACUUGGCUUUAGCCUCGUCAGGGCCGGUCAUUUUUGGGGCGUAGGCGCUAAUGAUGGUGACGAGAUGGGAUCCCCGGAGAGGCAGGAGCAAGCUCAUCAGUCGGUCGUUGAUGCCUUGCGACAGACAGGGUCGUCGUCCCAUGCUGUCGUUCCCGAUGUCCAAGGCGAAGCCCGCGUCUCGUCACUCUGCCCUGGGGCGACCGCUCGAGAAGGUGUAGCCGACAUCCACCUCCUCCAGUUGGCCUUGUUCAGAGAACCGGAUCUCGAUGAGUGUAGCGGUGUCCACCUUGUGGCAGGCCAGUUCUCGAGCUACUAG